CUUGGGUAAUCUGCCUGGUGUGUACUCGGAAUGACGCAGGCUGCCUUCAUGUUCUGCUCACCAAACAUUCCACUCCGCCAGAAAUCCCGCUCCUGCGAUCAAUGACAAAGACCUCUUUGCACAUGGUUCGAUCGAGAUGAAUCGUCUAUUCGGAUCUAAGAAUACUGCCCCAAAACCCACCCUCAAUAGUGCCAUUUCAAAUGUAGAUACAAGGGUAGACUCGAUCGAUGUCAAGUUGGCCAAGAUCAAUGCCGAGCUCUCCACGUACCAGCAAAAGCUGAGCAAGAUGCGCGAUGGCCCAGGCAAGCAGGCAAUCAAACAGAAAGCCCUCAAAGUCCUUCAGCGGCGCAAGAUGUACGAAUCACAACGAGACCAAUUACAGCAGCAGUCAUGGAAUAUGGAACAAGCAGGAAUGAUGCAAGAUAACCUAAAAAAUGUCAUGACCACGGUGGACGCGAUGAAGACCACCAACAAGGCGCUCAAACAGCAGUAUGGCAAGAUCAACAUCGACAAGAUCGAGCAAAUGCAGGAUGAGAUGGCCGAUCUGAUGGAAAUCGGCAACGAAAUCAACGAGAGCAUAAGUCGAGCAUAUGACGUUCCUGAAGACGUGGAUGAGGCCGAGUUGGAUGCCGAGCUCGAAGCACUGGGAGAAGACAUGAUGUUUGAGCAGGAGAUGGGUAUUGGCCAAAGCACACCGGGCUUCCUACAGGAUGAAGUGGCGCCGCCGACGUUCGUUGACGAGGCGCCGGAGCAGGCGAAGGUCAAGGAGGCUGCUGGCGGUAUUGGUUAAUAUUCCAGGGUACCUCCAUAUCUUGUUUUCUUAUUUGAUCAUUGGUUGUGGGUGGAAUUCGAGCUGGGAGUCACGGCGAGCACCGGUUGUGAAUUGCAGAAAGAAGCUUCUUGAGUGUUCGUCAAUUCAUGAUCCAUACAAAGCAUCCUUGACUACAUCUCCUGAGUACUUUAAGUGUUCUUCUUCAGGUCUUGCGUCCAUGCCUUCACUGCUUUCGGCCCUUCAUGUGCAGCCUUGAAAAGCUGCCUCUCGGUCUCCU